UUUAUCUGGUGACUUAAAAUAUGGUCUUUGCCAGGAUUGUUGUCAAGAAAACUCUAGCAACGAUUGGUGUCAAUCUUGUAAUGCUGAAAGAUUUACCAAAAGCUUUUCAAACUGGUCCAGCGGUAAUAAGCAGAUUGAUAUGUUCAUUCAAAAUGCUCAAGUUAACGCUUCCGAUCAUUAUGAAGUCAUUGAAUGGAUCCCUCAAGAUGAAUUAACAAAAGUUACUUUUAUCGCUAAUGGAAAAUAUUCUUCCAAUUAUAAAGCUAUUUGGACUAAAGGCGAUAUUUUAAGUUGGAAUCAUGAUAAAAAUGACUGGUUCCGUUUCCGAGGUUCAAUUAAUAAUGAUUGGACUUAUUCCCAGAACUCAAAUGGCUCUGGAUUAACUGGCAGAUUAGUUUCCUUGAAAAGCUUUCAAGAUCCUUCUGAUAUUAUCUCCGAAAUUGAAAAGAAUGAUGAUAUGUUAUUACCAUUAUUUGGUAUCACUCAACAUCCUAAAACUUUGGAAUACAUGGUUGUAACAAGUUACGCUGAGGGUG